AUGAUAGGCUGUUUGGUCUCAGAGGAAGGCUGUGCUUCUCUGGCCUCAGCUCUGACCUCCAACCCCUCCCAUCUGAAAGAGUUGGACCUGAGCUACAAUCAUCCAGGAGACUCAGGAGUGAAGCUGCUGUGGGCUGGACUGAAGGAUCCACACUGGAGACUGGAAGCUCUCAGGGUGGAGCCUGCUGGAGUCCGAUUCCUGACACCAGGUCCAUGGAGACUGAAGAGAUAUUCCUGUCAACUCACCAUCGACACAAACACAGUGAACAGAAAACUGAAUCUGUCUGAAGACAACAGGAAGGUGACAUUUGAGGAGUUUCAGUCAUAUCCUGAUCAUCCAGACAGAUUUGAUAAAUGGUAUCAGCUGCUGUGUAGAACUGGUCUGACUGGUCGCUGUUACUGGGAGGUCGAGUGGAGUGGAUAUGUUGAUAUAUCAGUGAGUAACAGAAGAAUCAAGAGGAAAGGAUACAGUACAGACUGUUUGUUUGGAUAUAAUGAUCAUUCCUGGAGUCUGAUCUGCUCUGAUGUUGAAGGUUACUAUGUCAGUCACAAUAACAGACAAACUCGUCUCUCCUCCUCCUCUGUCUCUAACAGAGUAUCAGUGUAUGUGGACUGUCCUGCUGGCAUUCUGUCCUUCUACAGAGUUUCCUCUGACUCACUGAUCCUCCUCCACACCUUCAACACCAAAUUCACUGAACCUCUGAUUCCUGGAUUUUGGCUCAGUUCUGGUUCCUCAGUGUUUCUGUGCUGAUUUGAGUCUAAAGAGUCUAAAUAUUUUCUUCCUGUCAGAGAAACUCUCUCACUGUUGAACAGAUAGUUCAGUCUCUAAAUGUGUUUUCAUGAAUCCAAACUGUUUCUUGGUGAAACUCUGACACAUGAUUCCUUAGAAAUUGCUUCUUCUUCCAGUCCUUUAAAGGUGGAAGCUAGGAUUAUUCCAGGAUCCACAUGUUGUUUUUCUGUUUCCAGUCAAAGAUUAUUUUAAUUUACUGCAGUUUUUCUCAAUCACUGGACAUUUUCUGUUUCUUUCAGCUCCUAUUUUCUUAAAUCCAUCUUGGAUUCAAAUGUUAAAUGAUCCUUUUGUUUAUUUGCUGCAGUUAUUCUUCAUGUAUUUAGUGAACAAUAAACAUAUUUUCUUCUGCAUUUGAUUCAUUUGCUGUUCAUUCUGUUCCUGUUUAAAUGUCAAUAAGAGAUUUUUUUAAAUCUCAACUCUGACUUUCAUAAAUACCUUAUUUACAGUAAAACAUUCCCAUCUUGAAACCAGUUGAUGAAAGUCUAAUGAUGAUGCUUUGAAUAAUAAAAUGGAUAAAAUCUUAAUAUUUUCUGUUUCAUUCAGAACUUCUACCUGAAACUCAGAACCUGCAGAACAUUUUUCUCUUUGGAUAAAAAUCCCAGGAACUGGAAGAUCAGAGCAGAAUGAAAACUGGAGAUCAGUGUUGGACAGAAAAGGUCUGAUCGCUGCAUCUCUGCUAUAUUUUACAUUUAAAUCUGAUAACAAAACUGAAUCUAAUUUUAUCUGCUGCUGACUGCAGGCUGCAGCUGAGCAGCUAAUGCAGGUUCUACUAUUAAUUAAGUCUCUGGUCAAAACGGAGUCCAGUUUGGGAUGAGAGACUUUUUGUGGUUCUGGUUCAACAUAUAAAAACUGGAUAAGAUGGUUGAUGGAGCAGCAUCAACGUCUGAACCAGAAAUGGCUGAUAAAAAAGGUGAGGAUGUGACGAUGACAGAAGAAUGGAGGCAUAACAGAAAAAUAAGAACCGUUGAUUUUGAAUGCUGCCGACGU